AUGCCUUUCUUUUCGCAACGCUCCCAUCGCCAGGCGGAGAACGGGGCACAAACGCUCAAGCCGGUGCCAGCUCAGGCAUCCACCAGAAGGAAACUAUUCGACGUGUUUUCGCGACCAAAGUCUCCCGCGCCCCCGGUGCCCGUCAGCCAAGCGCGCAUACACAGCAGCAAUAAGGAAGAAAGCAAACCUUCAAUACCACCAAAGCCCAUAGCAGAACCCAUAAACAGCCAUGGCGAAGCAAACGAACCUUUAGAACCCAUACACGCUUCAAAUAACAACCAGCCGGGGCAAAGCGGAUCUUCAGAAACUACAACAGAGUCCCAGGACGAAGCAUAUAUAGAGUCGUCUGAUGUAUCAGAAUCUGCCUAUCGCAAAGCAUGGUCUUCAUUAACUGAAGAGCAAAAGGAGCAAUUAACAGAAGAUGGCAUCAGAAAGCUGUUCGACCAGCUCAGAGAUGCCGACCAAACACACCAAGACCAAUCGCUUCUGCGAAAAGGGCUGAAGGUUGUAAGCCCGUAUCUGGAUCGCCUUCGCAUCACUAUCGACUUUAUCAGCCCCUUUGCCAGUAUGAAUCCGGCCGCAGGGACGGCACUUGGCCUUAUCAAGGGCGUCAAUUCGAUCGUCAUUGCCAUCUGUGGCGCUGCCGACAAUGUAUCAAACCAGAUUGGAUCGUUUCUCGAACGCAUCCCAGCAAUUGAGCGAUGCAGCGAGAUUGUCAAUGGGAAUAGCCAGCUACCAGAUAUACACAAUGCAUUGGUGAAUGUGUACCAAGACCUCUUGCAAUUCUACUUGAAGACCAUCAUCAUGUUCAAGAAGUCGGCCUUCGUCAUACGUCUAGCUCUGGAUUGGCUAAAAUCCGACCUGUCUGGAAUCAUCUCGUCUUUCACUACCCACGCGGACCUUUUGUCGAAGCUACUCGAGGCUGAGACUUUUGCGAGCGUUCAGGAGAUCAAGGAUGAACAAGUGGAGGCCCUGAUUCGUGAUACCCUCGACAUCCAUAGAGAAAACGAAAUCGCCUACCACAAUGAACUGAAGCGCCGUGCCGACGAAGCAUGCAGCUGGAUCACACGCAACGAUCAAUUCUCCUACUGGAGGCUGAACUCUCGCGACUCGAGCCUCUUGGCCUUAUUCGGAGACAUGGGUUGCGGCAAAACGAUAACCACGGCUUAUGUGGUAGACACGUUGUCCCAGGGGCAGCUCGUCUGCUCUUACUACUGCAAAGACGACCAUGAAACUACAAAGCUUGGGAACAUUUACCGCAGCCUCAUAUGGCAGCUCUUGAAAAGGAGGCCUGAUCUGAAGGCGCGGUUCUACAGCUGGUAUAAGAAGGCGGAGUCGCGAAGUCAGGUCAAUCCGACACAAUCUGACGAAAUGCUGCGCGAGUUCCUACUGGAUGCUCUUUCUUCAUCGAAGCAAUGCAUCUUUAUUGUGCUGGAUGGCUUGGACGAGUGUGAAGGCUAUUCACAGGGGCAGAUACUUUCUCUGUUCCGCGAGCUUUUGGAGCGCGAGGCUCGGCUAAAGGUUUUCCUCUCGUCAAGAUAUGAUGACGACGUUGAGAAGGCCUUACCAGCGGGAGCCAGCAGAAUAGAGCUAGUGGUAGGGUUCUCUCAAGACAGAGAUCGUAUCAUUGCGAAUUACCUCGCGAGUCAGCUCAACAUUCCGGAACAGACCCGCGAGAAAGUGGUGGACGAACUUGCUGAGAGAGCUGACGGCUCUGCCAUCUGGCUGCGAAUCUCUCUCGAAUACAUCGGGAAACUCCGCAUACAGAAUGAAAAAGGUCUGGAGACUGCAUUGAAGAGACUCCCAUCGUCAAAGGGCCUUGCUGAGCUGUAUUGGACGUUGUUCGAGAAGGUUUGUUCAGGGCUGCCAGAAAACGAAGAAUACUUCCGGCGGGCUCUAGAGACGCUCGCAGUGGCCCGGCGUCCUCUAUCAUCCGACGAGCUGGCUUACGCGGUAUUCAUCGAAAUGGAUGAUGACGGUCCUGCGACGAUGGCCGAGCUGGAAGAGACUGCCCAUUCUGUGAACCUUCUCGACCUCAUCCGCCCAUUGAUUAGCACCAUAACCGUCCAAGAUGAAAAGCACGCCCAGCUGCGUCUCGUCCACCAGUCUCUCAAGGAGCUCAUAUUGCAGGCUCCGCCAUCAAGCUGGAGCUUGGUUGGCAAACCAGGUUGGAAGAACCAGGCCGGGCAACGCAAGGGAGAACUCAACGGCCAGCUCCUCCAACGUUGCAUUCAGUACCUCCUCUUCAAUGAGUGCGGAGAGGUUGACCUCUACUCGGCCAUCACGGAUGGGUCUGACGAUGCCGAGUUGUUCGCCAUCGGAGGCAUCUUCGACGACGACGAGGCCCCGGAGGAAUUACCCCAGGAGUUUGAUCCGUUUGAGCUUGGGCUUGGGCGCUUUUUCACUUAUGCUGCCGACAGCUGGACGACUCACUUCCCUGAAGCGUCACAAGACCUCUGGCCAAGUGCAACCGACUUCAUCAUCUUAUGCAGCAAGGGCUCCCAACGCCUAGAGAACUGGGUCGAGCAGUGGAAGCGCCCGAGAAAUACGCUCAGAACCGAGUUCAACUUCCCCGAAGUCACGACUCACCUCGACCCUCUCGUCGUGGCCGCGAUUUUCGGUCCGGCAGCGUACAUGGCCGAUUUGCUCAAAUGCGAUCUCCAGAGUCCCGAUUUCCUGCCUGAUUCUGUCUGGGUUGCCGUUGAGCAAUUGAUCAAGCGGGAUAGCAUUUCUGCAAUCGAGCAGCUUUUGAAGGAUAAGAGUCUUGGAUCCAUUCUUUGCUGCACGGCAUUCUUCUAUGAAGUUGUCCUCGGCUGGACAAAUGAAGAUAGGAUAAAGGGCAAUGCAGCAAAGGAAUGGGAAGAUAUCUUCGGCUACCUGAUCACGGCUCUGCGUGAGGACCUUCUUGAGGACGGCAAUGAAAUCCUUUGCCAAGCAGCCCGUAAUGGAUGCCUCGUGCUGGUCAAGAAGCUCUUUGAGGUAUCUGAGCGUGAUCCGGAGUUGAGAAGAGCAAUCAUAGUGGGGGACCGUUCCAAGAUGAGUGACUGGCGAGGUGGCCUCUCAACGCACCAGUCGAUUGGGGAAGCUGCGUACGAAGGACAUGUGGAAAUCGUUCGCUUUCUGUGUCAACAGUCGGGGAUCGAGCCUCACUUACGACACGUCAAUCAACACGGACACACCGUGUUCCAUCAAGCUGCAAGAAGGGGCAUUAGGGAGAUUCUCAUGAUCCUUAUCCAAUGCUGGCCUGAGGGGGUCAACCUACGGAAUAACCUGAACGAUGCCCCACUCGGCAACUUCAUCUUUCACCGGAUUACCGGCGAUGUCGAGGCUGUCGGGACUGUCAAGGCUAUGCUGUCGACGGGUAAAGUCGAUGCUACCGGCUUGAGUGAUGAUCCUGGCUACUCGCCCCUGUGUACAGCCAUUCGAAAAGGGGAGGUUGCGAUGUGUAGGACGCUUAUCGUCGAUGGCUCGGCUGAUAUGUCAUGCGCGGUUGGUGUUGACGAGAGAGGGAAGCCGUUCUUGACGAAGGAUGUGAAGACCCAGGAAACGCUGAGUGCGCAGGAAAUGAUGCUGAAGCAGCUCUGUUCUCUGCUUCCUCUUGCCGUGUCAACAGAGCACAUAUUUCAAACUUCAAGAAUGAUCGCCAAUGGUUUGCAACGCAGCGACCAGACAAUGUAG